CAUAAUCGCAGUAAAUGUGAUCAAGCACUGCAAACAAUAUGUCGAAAUUAUCAGGAUAUCACUAAUCAGCCAAUAACAGUUGAUACAGUAAAGAAAAAAAUUAAUAACUUGCAAUCGCAGUACUUAGAAACAAAAUUCGGCAGUCAAAAAUGAGUGGGGCUUCAGCCGAUGAAGUAUACAAGCCCACGUGGUGGUUAUUUGACGAUUUGUCAUUCCUGAAUGUCCACAUUGCAGCUAGAUCAGGAGAAUCUUCAUUGAUAAAUUCCAAUCGGCAACCUGAUGCAUCAGAUGAUACCAUGAGUAUCGUGAAUCUAAAUAACGAUUCAUUGAUGGAGGAGUUACAAUAUACGCAUACAUGUGAUCUUAUCAGAAAUAAUGUUGUUAAAGCCGACUGUAAUAAUCGUCGUUCGCCUACUCCCUCGGUAUCCAAAUCAAGCAGAUCAGCAAGUCGUACAGAGCGUUACAAAAAAAAGAAGCUUUGGCAGAAAUAUCAGAUGCCAGAUUAAAUUUUUGGAAGGCUGCAUCUCAAACAUUGAUGAAUAUAUCUGAUGUUGAUGAAAACGCCCAAGACAGAAUACAUCACUGGAUC